UGGGCGAAACUAAUAUAAACGGGUGACGGGCGUGGCUAUUCAAAAUCGCUGAGUCAGCAUUCAGCACAGGAACAAUGAAUGGUCUUGAAGAUGAAUCAGGACUACAUGAAGAGAAUCAAGAACAGCCUCCGUCUUAUGACACGCUCAGUGAAGCGCCGCCGCCUCCCUACUCCCCUUCAUUUAUAAAUUCCAAUAGAAUAUUUGAUAUACCCGAAGGCCCUCCAGACUACUUCUCACUCUUUAGCUCGCGUAUACAAGAGGCAAGACGAGACUCAAGCACUUGCUGCGAAUUCGUCACAAAGAUCAUCCAGACCUUACUCAUUCUUGUUGGUGUUGUCAUUCUAUUUAUUAUUUUAAUGUCAGUUCCAUUUGCUAUGCUAGGAGUUGGCUCUGCUUAUUAUGGUCAGUGUUCUAUAGAGCCACUAAUCCCAAUCUUCAUGAUAGUAUUCGGCUUGUGUGGGAUAUUGAAAAGCACAGAAAUACUCAUCAAGCACCUUAUCGUCUGCUUCAAAUGCUCUUGUAUUGCCAGGUGGAAAAGACACUCAAAACUAAAGUACCUUUUUAUCGUGUGGAGGGUCCUAGAUGCAGUCUUUAAUCUUGUAUCCCUUGCUUGGGUGAUAGCUGGGAGCUACUGGAUAUUUCAUGUGUAUGGUGAACUCCAAGAGAGUGGAUUUGAUAAGGAAUUGUGUCACCCGGUCUUGUACAAAUUUGCAUUUGGGAUGAUGAUAUCUUGUUAUAUUGUCGUUGGGCUUACCUGCUGCUGCGUGUGCGGCUGUAGCUUGUGUCAGAAUCCUCCACCGCGAGAGGAAGAGGAUAGGAGGAGGGGGCCAAGAAGAGAAGGGGAGAGACGUGAAGGAGAGGAGGGAUCAAUGGGGAAUGGCCAUAGCAAUGGUCAUAGUACUGAUAUUGAAAUGAGAAGGUUUGGUGCUACUAAUGGAGUCUAUGAAGAGAGAGUUGAUUCACCAGUUUCAAAUUAAAUUUUUUCAACCGUCUAUUUUUGUCUGUCUUCCUAAUCAUUGGUAUUCAUUUCAUGCACUCAAUUCUUAAAUCUCAUCAUUCUAUUUUGUUUUUAAUUUAUGAUUCAUCAACAACUAUAA